UCUCAAUUCAAAUAUUUUGCUGACAACAACAAACAGGCAAAAUGUGCAUUUUCCCUUUUAGAAACUGAAUCAGACAUUUAAAAAUUAAACAAAUAAAUGGAAUUUCCUCAAAAAACAAUGUAAUUUCCUUGUAAAUUUCCAAUUUAAACUUGUAAAAUUUCCAAGGCGCGUGCGCCCCUGUAUUACCCACAAUUCAGUUGGACGUUAAAAAUUGACGGAACAAAAAUCAAAAAUUGUUUUCUACUUAAAAGUGAAGUGGAAUUUUUUUAUUUUUUUGAAAAAUAAGACAAUAAUUAUUGUUUUUGAGUGUUGCACGUAGAAAUAAACACAGCAAUAUGACAAACGAAAAACAACUAAAAAUCAAAGAAGAAAUUCUGGAAGAAGAUGAAGAAAAUGAGCACAGCGACGAAAUGCCCGAAGCUGACGAUGACCCCAACACUCUGGGGCCCGCCGCUUUGGGCCUGCAACGAGUGGGCACGAUUGCGCCCCCUAAACCGGCCCCGAAACAGCCCGCACAAGUUUUAAACGCUCGCGGAAUGCCUGCUAGGAUUCGGAAAAGGAAUAAGUUGUUUUUCGAUGAUGAUAUUGUUAAUACUCCACAUCAUAGGGUCUCCAGUGCCAAAAAGCCUAGACAAACUCCAAUGAAAAGAACCCCAAAACUCAAAUCUGAAAGUGCUACUAAAUCAGCUAAAAGAAACACGCACCGCACCGUUUCUCCUUUGCCCAGAGUACAAUCACCUGAUAGAAAAAUUGGUCAAAAAAUUGGAAUGCGCCUACGAAAUUUGCUCAAGCUGCCCCAAGCCCACAAAUGGGUUUGCUAUGAGUGGUUUUACAGCAACAUCGACGGUUGUUUGUUCUCGGGCGAAAACGAUUUUCAAAUUUGCCUGAAAGAAUCCUUUUCCGAACUGAAAACACGCGAACUGAAGCGCGGAGAAUGGACCAUAAUUCGUAAAAUGAUGGGAAAACCUAGAAGAUGUUCGCAAGCCUUUUUCAAUGAAGAACGGCUCGAAUUGGAAAAAAAGAGAAAAAAAAUCAGGGCCUUGCAACAAAGAAAAGCUACAGAUUUAGCAAGCUUCAAAGAUUUGCCCGCAGAAAUUCCAAUGCAAUUGGUAAUUGGCACCAAAGUCACUGCAAGACUCAGAAAACCUUCGGACGGUCUUUACACUGGCAGCAUCGACGCAGUGGACCCCUCAAACAACACAUAUCGCAUCACAUUCGAAAGACAAGGCCUCGGAACCCAUUCAGUACCAGACUAUGAAGUUUUAUCCAACGAACCACCAGAGACAAUCAGUAUCACAAGUUUGCAAAGCAAAUUCAGGCCCAGAGCCAAUGGCACUUUGCAAUUUUCGCCUGACGUCAAGAGUCCAGCAUAUAAAAGUAUGUCUUACAGGAAGGAUCCUUUAUUGUCAGUUUCUAUGUUGAACCGUCCAAUGUUUCCAACUAUUACUGAAGGAAAACUUGGUAGUUAUCCGGUUAAGCUGUUGGAAAAAAUGGUGCUGGUUAAGAGGAUUUUGACUUUGAAGAAAAGCAAAGUGCAACAGCUGAGGAACAUGAAUACAGAAGCUGAAAUUUUGAAUUCUUUUGAAGAGGAAGUGAAUGAAGAUUUUGAAAGAAAGUACGCCACCAUUUUAAUUGAUUUGGAAAAGUUGAACUCAGAUUUGGAGAUGUUUUUGGAGGAAAUGCAGGUUUAUUGUCAAGAAAUCGCACCAGGACCAAGCAUUCUGGCCAUGCUAGCUCCAUCAGUAUUGCGAGAAAAAUGUAAAGAAGAGGCAAAAGAAAUCGUGGAAAGACAUCGUUCAGUCGACAUGGAAAGAGGACCUUGCAAAAAUCUCACAAUUUUAGAACUAAUCACAGAUUUGACGGCUCUGAUGUUGCAAAUUAAAAGUUUGGCCGUCAACGACCAUAACGCUUACGAAUUACAAGUUUUAGAGGGCACCGUGCAGAAUAUCAAACGAAAAUUGAGCCCGGCUAAUCAGCAAGUUUUCCAAAAGUGUGUUGAAGUGCACAUGAAACAAAUCGAAGUGGGAUUGUGGAAUAUUAAUUUGGAUAAGUUGGUUAUAGGAAAAAUUUAGUGUGGGUUUUAAAAUAUUUCAAUGUGUGAUUUGGUUUGUGUUUGUUUGUAUAUUUAAAAAAAAUUAUAUCAUGAAUUAUUUAUUGUCUCAUGUUUGUAUAGGUAAACUUUAUGUUGGCAUUGGUGCAGUAAUUUGAGCUGACAAAGCCACUAAGUCUAAGUCUAUAGCUGAUCAUUUUAGCAAUAAAUAUGUUUGUUAAUUUAACAGAUCUAAGUUCUCUGGAGUUUCGUUUUUAUGAAGAUGAGCAGGCAAAUUUCAAUAUAAAAAGUCUCUCAUUGGGAUUUUUUUUCUAAAAUGACAUCAACACACGUUUUGCCUCACAACUUUGUUAAUUGCAAGCCGAUCUCAACGUAAUUAGGCUUCAAUUAUAGCGAAUUAAAUUUUCUAUGAAUCACGAAAAAGUUCCAAUGCAGGAUAAGCUAUUUUCAUUAAGGUGAAUUAAUAAAGAUCAACUUGCAAAAUCUGAAUUAAGCAAACAUGCAAUCUCUUACUUCUAAACAUUUUUCUGGUAAACUACUGAAGUGGUCAUUAUGAAACUUUUAGGAUAAAAAGGGUAAAAUCCUACGAAAGCGUAGAGGGGCCACAUCCUACUUUUUUUUUUGGUAUCGACACUUUUUUUACGAAAUUUCGUAAAAAAAGUAUAUGUAUACAUAUUCUUCGGUAGAGAAAGUCAUUAUAUACUUUUCGCAUUAUAAAAGUCGGUAUUUGACGGACUUCUCUAACUUGGUAUAUAAUAUACUAUUUCCAUAGCCCAAUUAUGGACGCCUGUAGUAUCAAAAAUAUUUAGAAAUUAUUUG